GUUCAGAUCUAGUUCAGCAGGAGUGCCUUAAUUUAAAAGGAACAUAGUCAGUAUAUAUGGAACAAGAGUGAGUUCCGAUUGCGAUUCUAGAUGCGACAUUCCAAAUGAUGGACGGUUUACGACUGAACUUAUGUUUGAUUCUUCAAAUAUCAGCGUUUUGCUAUAAUGACGCUGCGGUGCGCUUCGCCAACUACUACGCCAGUCACAUGGUUCUUCAGAAGGCUCCUGCCCAAGCACACAUCUGGGGGACUGGAGGAGCAGUCGGUCAAUCCGUCACAGUGGUAAUAGAUGGCAAGACAGUGGGUACUCCAAUGGCAAAUGGCGCUGGCGUCUGGGAAAUUCUUCUUCCGGCGACUCCAGCUGGAGGGCCACACAAUAUAAGUGUUACCUCUAAUGGAACCACGGUCACACUGAGCGACGUUUUGUUCGGCGAUGUCUGGAUAUGCUCAGGGCAGAGUAACAUGGGGUACCAAAUAUCUCAGAUACGGAACUACUCGUCCGUAGUGACGUCAGCCAUGCAGAGACCAAACCUGCGCAUUUCAGAAUUGCGUCAAAACGCCCUGAACGCGACGGUAAAGGAGCCCCUGAUUGGAACUCCAUGGCAGAAACCAGGCCAUGAUAAUACAACACACUCAUUCUCAGCCGUGUGCCUUAUGUUCGCCAUCGAACUGUCUCAGCAUGUUACCCAACCCCUCGGGAUGGUAGAAACCGACUGGGGAGGCACCCCCGUGGAGGCGUGGUCAUCGCCCACAGCGCUCGCCGCCUGCCCGCAACACAAAAAGAAACGAGCUAUCGAUCCACAUCUUCCGAGCGUCUUGUAUAAUGGGAUGAUUGCCCCGAUAUUGCCAAUGACGAUCUUCGGUGCUAUAUGGUACCAAGGUGAAUCCAACGCCGGUAAGCCGCAGCUGUACGCAUGCCAGAUCGAGGCAAUGAUAAGCGACUGGCGCGCUAAAUUCCACCAGGCGUCUAAGAAUCAGACGAGCAACACGUUCCCGUUUGGUUUUGUCCAGCUGGCUCCGAAUCGUAACGUGACCGGAGCCCACACGGGUUUUCCUGAUCUUCGCUGGGCACAGACGGCGGAAUAUGGUUACGUGCCCAACCCGACCCUAAAAAAUGUGUUUAUGGCCGUUGCUAUGGACCUUCCAGACUACGCAUCACCCUACGGCACCAUCCACCCCCGAACUAAAGAAGAUGUAGCCGUGCGUCUGGCCCUGGCAGCUCGAGGUGUGGCCUACGGUCAACAAAAUAUCGACUUCAAGGGACCUUUCCCCACCCACUUUUCUCAGACAGGACAGAAACUGACCGUCGAGUAUGACAACGGAAACACCGAUAUAUCUGUACGGACUACCGCGGGGUUUGAGGUAUGUUGUGGACUCUCUGAAAGCCACGUGUGCCCAGGAAACGGAUGGACCGCAGCCCCAAUAUCCGGUCACAGCGCAACAUCCGUCACCUUGGACACUUCCGGUUGUCAAGGCCACAGUCACGUGGUGGCAGGAGUCCGGUAUGCGUGGGAGGAGAGUCCAUGUGACUUCAAAAAGUGCGCAGUGUAUGGACUGGGAACCAAUCUUCCCGCUCCACCGUUUGUGAAGCAAGCUCCUUUCAGUUAAACUGCACGUGACACAAUUAUGAUAUUGACUGGUCGAUUAAAUUAAAUACGUGUCGUCGAA